AUGUACGCCGAUCUGGAGGAGUCCUUUGGCACCUUCAAGACCUGCAUGGCCGUCUACGAGCGCAUCAUCGACCUGAAGAUCUGCACGCCGCAGGUGAUCAUCAACUAUGGCAUGUUCCUCGAAGAGCACACCUACUUCGAGGAGGCCUAUCGGGCCUACGAGAAGGGCAUUACCCUGUUUAAGUGGCCGAAUGUGUACGACAUCUGGAACUCGUAUCUUAGCAAGUUCCUCGCGCGCUACGGGGGCACAAAGCUGGAGCGGGCCCGCGACCUCUUCGAACAGUGCCUGGAUCAGUGUCCCGCUGAGCAUGCGAAGUACUUUUACCUGCUCUACGCGAAGCUGGAGGAGGAGCACGGCCUGGCCCGGCGUGCCAUGUCCGCAUGUCGGGCUCUGCCCGAGCAGCAUAUGCGCCACAUGUGCGUCAAAUUCGCCGAGCUGGAGACGAAGCUGGGCGAGGUGGCCAGGGCCAUCUACGCUCACAGGUGUGCGAUCCCCGCAUCACAGCGGACUUGGAAGGAGUUCGAGGUGCGUCAUGGCAACGAGGAUACGAUGCGUGAAAUGCUGCGGAUCAAGCGUUCCAUUCAGGCCACCUACAACACUCAGGUCAACAUGAUGGCUGCCCAGUUUGUCAACACGAACACGAAUGGUGUGGCUGCCGAUGCUGGUGCUGGCUCCGGACCGGAUGCCAUGCGGCUGCUCGAGGAGAAGGCCCGCCAGGCGGCGGCCGAGGCCAAGCAGAAGCCCGCCGAGAAGGCUGCCUCCAAUAUCAUGUUUGUGCGCGGCGAGACCCAGGGCGGGGCCAAGGGCAAGGAAAAUACAGUCGUCAAUCCGGAUGAGAUUGAUAUUGGCGACAGCGAGGACGACGACGACGAUGAGGAGGAGGACCCGCAGCAGCCGAGUGGAGACCAGGACGAGGCAGGCCAGGCCACAACCAAAACCGAUGACGAGGGCCUCAUCAUGAAGAAACUGCGCUUUGAACAAAAGGCCAUACCGGCGAAGGUCUUUGGCAGCCUCAAGCCGACAAAUCAAUCCGAUUCCGAUGAGGGAUAA